AUGGCGGGAACACUUAUACCCCCGUGGUAUGUCGGCUCGACACCAACAAACGAUGAACAGAACAUAGCGAGCAUGUUUUGGGGGUUCACGCUUGGAGUCGGCCUAUGGAGCGGAGUCAAGGGUUAUCGACAAAGUAGAGCCAGUUGGAACAGGACACACAGGGUCAACAUCUACAUAUGGUUGAUCUGGGCGGAAUGGAUCGCCAGUAUAGUCAUCGGCAUCAUAUCCUGGUGCUAUCUGACAUCCAUCAUUGAUCCAAGCUUUGAAUACUUCUUUUUCCUACGUAAGUAUCGUAGGGCUUCAAUUCGCAUACUUUUUUAA